UUCAAAAACCCACUACAGGAUCCAAGAGAAGCGCUAAAACAAGAGUACAUCAAACUCAAAGGCGAGAUAAUGCUAGGCAAUGACAAUCCUGAGAUCGUCAAAGAGCUAAAGACGAAGUUCUAG